AUGAUCUUCGUGGAAUUCGGACGCGUCAAGGCGCAAGCGGGCACGAAUGCCGCUCUCGCCAAAGUCCGGGACGAACUGCGAAACCUGGCGAUCGUGCAGCUGGUCUCAGGGGUCAUCCUGACCAUGUUGGGAUUCUUGUACCUGCACUCGGGCAAGGGGCAGGAAGAGAUCAAAGGCACGUUGAAGGACUCCAAAGACUACGUGCACAGGAAGUACAGAGAUUUCCAAAACAAGCGCUUGUCUCAGGAGUUGGAGCAAUUGGAGGCGAGGAAUAAACAGAUCCGGGCCAGAGUUAAUGAGUACAAACGCCGGCUGGACGCGGCACCCCUCGCCACCGGCAAAGAGCCCAGCAGUUAUUCUAUGGGUCAGAAGGAUUUCGCCAGGAGGGCGGAUUUGAUGAGCGCAGCUCAACUGCCAGCCUGCUCGGGCUAUGCGAGCGCGGCUACGGGAGGGGUGGUCAAGGGGCACGUGCCCGGGUUGAGGGCUUCGAAAGAGCGCAUGGUGCGGCAGGAGAGACGGGGCUGCCCAAUGGUGCCUUUCUUCCGCAGGGCACAGAAUGCAUACAGCGAGAAGUUGAGCGAGAGACGGCUGGAAACAUUCAGCGGCACCGAUCCCUUACAGGUGGGUUUCGACAGGUCUCAACAGGGGCCUCCGACGGAAGCCGAAGGGAUGUUUGAUCCUACGCCGGAUAGGCGACCGGCGCAACAGGUCGUGCAAUUGCGAGACAGGGUCGCCACCUCGACUUACCUGAACAAGACCAAGCCCUUCGAGCCCACCAAGGUGGGUCCGGGGAUAGGCAUUUCGGCUGAUGCCACCGUGGGGAACGACGGCUUCCACCCCAUGCUGCGGAUCCUUCUCGACAACGUGGGGGCAUACAAACUCAACCAACUCCCCCAGCGGAUCCACGCCGGAGCGAAUCCGAUCGCCAAAGCAGCUCCCAAGUACGCGGAGAUUCCCAUGAAACGGCCUGCUCUGCUGGUCGAGAACAGGGUCCGUCCCGCGAUCGUGGCCGGCGCUCCCAAGGCGGCCGUGCCGAGGCCCGACGAUGCGAAGAACAUCCGGAGGACCAACCGAGCUUAUGCGGGAGAGCAGACGGCGGGGCUAGGAGCCACGGCGCGUUCGCACAUACUGACGGGGCCAUGCAGGUCGGAGGAGAUGAGUAGGGUCGCGAAAUGCAGGAACGUGGAGUCGGAGGCGCUAUAUGCCAGCGGCUUGAACACUCUCAACCUGUCCGCCCAGAAUCAGGUGAACCCGGGAGGAUAUCUGGCUACCGUGGAGGGAAAGAGCGUGCGCGGGAGCGGUGGUAGGGGUCUGAGGGAGCACGCCAACGGUGAAGUAGCUUUCGGGCAGGUGUAUGCGAGCGAGAGAGUGGGUUAUACGCCCCCAGGCAGCAUCUCUCGAGUGACGGGCAGGGAGGUGGACAACCUCGUCAGAGAUGCAGACUCACGGCCGCCGGCCGAUUACGGAGUGGGUAUAUCGGCGCGAGCGGGAGGGAUCGCGCCUGCGAGCAUGGCACGCGAUGGCCCCGUCCGAGAGGCCAACUCCACGCAGAGGAGCGACUGCGGCUCUCAACUGCGAUUCAAUCCGGCUAGAUCCAAGAUAGCGAUGGGCGCUACUCCGGUGGACUCUUGCUCGUACAAGCAGACCAAUAGGAGCGCAGAUGCAUAUGGGAACGCAAGUUUCGUGGGCAACCCUAGCGACGCUAGGGCCGGCGCCAGGGUGGACUCGCAGGCUAUAUCAUUAGCUAGGAACAGAGUGAGCGAGGUCGAUAGGACCACAGGAGGGAAUCGGGGCUGGGUCACCACAACGACGGAGGGGCAAAUGGGAGAGGAGACGAGGCGGCGCUCGGACUCUGACGCCAUGGCGAGAAACAUGCGUAUUCCAGCGUCCGAUUCGGGGGCAUGCAGACAGGUUGCAUGUUCGGGUGCCGAUUUGGCGGCCAUGACGGAACAGACGCAAACGGCGAUAGUAGGAGAGCUCGCGAACCCGCGAGCGACCGACUUGUCCUUGGCACAGAGGCAGUUGGCUGGAAAUAUUUACAAUCACGACAUAGGUUGUUCCUUCGACCCACAUAACCCUGUCUUGGUACAGCAAGUCGCUUAG